AUGUUUCGAAUGAUGCAAAGCAAAGAAAAUGACCCCAGUGGUGAUUCUUCGCAGGAUUCUUUGUCAUGGCGGCAUGUCUAUCAUGAUAAGCUCCAAACGUGCGUUCUUCGAGGCGUUCAGAACCUACAGAAACAAGGCGUUUCAGAGAUUUUUGUCGAUCCUUUUGGUGACCCAGAGGCGACAGCAGAAGUAGCUCAUCUUGCUGCUUUUUCCUUUGACGAGUUAAAGAUUCCAAAAUCUCGUAUCAAUCAACCUCCAAUCUCCUGUUUUACUGCUCAUUUAGACAACGACCCGGAUGGACUCUUAGAUGCUUGGAACCGAGGUCGGAUUCUUGCAAAAGCGCAAAAUCAAGCAAGGCGAUGGAUGGAGAUGCCAGCAAAUCUGUUUCCUCCGGAGGUAUUUGCUCACAAGAUUGAGGAAUCUCUUUCUGAUGCUCUGAAAUCCUCAGCAGGCAAGGCCACCCUCACUUUGGAAGUUCACGACAAGGCGUGGAUUGAGCAGCAGAGUAUGGGUGGGGUUCUUGGUGUUGCUAAGGGUUCAGCUCGACUUCCAUACUUUGUCGAAAUUAAUUUUAUGGGCGAUCCCUCACGUCCCAACGACCACAUCGCUUUGGUGGGCAAGGGUGUGACCUUCGAUGCUGGAGGUAUUUCCAUCAAGCCCUCCGCCGGAAUGGGAGAUAUGCGUGCUGAUAUGGGAGGAGCAGCGGUAAUCGCCUCCGUGGUUAUGGGUCUUUUGGAACUCCAGACGCCAAUCAAUAUUCGUGCAUACCUGCCGUUGGUAGAAAAUAUGCCUGAUGGCAACGCCAUUCGUCCGGGUGAUGUCAUUCGAAUGGCCAAUGGGACUACCGUCCAAGUCGACAAUACCGAUGCGGAAGGCCGUCUAAUUCUCGCCGACGCUUUGCACUAUGCUCAAACUCGAAAUCCACUCUUCUUACUGGACGCGGCGACUUUGACAGGCGCAAUUUCCAUCUCUCUAGGCGAUAGGUACACCGGUCUAUUUUGUAAUCGCGGUGCCCAGCGACGUCCUGUAUCGGAUAUUUGGCCUCCUGCUGCUGAGAUGUCUAACAAGAGUUCUGCUUCCUCUACCACACAUACCUCCACCGUCAACACUCCCACGAUUCUAGGGGCACUGAGCUGCUCUGGCCGGGUGAAGAACGAUCCGUUUUGGCACAUGCCUACUCUCUACCAUAAGCAGCUGAAAGAGAGCGCCAGCUGUGCGGAUAUCGCCAACGUUACCAGUGGCGCGUUCGCCCGACUUGGGGGAUCGGGGUCUGCUUCUGCUUUUCUCCAGGCUCUUCCUAUUGAGCUAGCUGCUUCAUCUUAUAGGCCUUUUAAUGACGGAAUAGGUGUGUUAUCGGCCUCGGUGUUCGAAAUGGCUAACAUUAUUAAUCGUACUACAGAUAUGCCCAAAUUAGAACGCUUAGUCGUACCUCCGUUGGCAUUCAGCUUCGUGAACCCGCGCAUUCCCUUUGUACACUUGGACAUUGCUGGGGUGAUGAAAACCGUUGGCGAUGAUCUCGGCAUGCGUCGAGGCAUGACAGGCCGACCAACUCGCUCCUUGAUCCACUUCUUCGAUCAUCUUGCACGCUACGGAUGUAUCAAGGGGAAUGACGAGGAAGAAGAUGCUUAA